UCGACUGCUUCCUCAGAUGCUGGUGAGUACAUUUAUUUUUCUUUUCAUUACACUCAUUCUGACAUUUAGCUGCUUUUUCUGUGAUAUCAAAACACAGCAAAGAGAUUUGUUGCAUGCACCUGUAUGUACUAGCUGUAACUAACUGACAAAAUGAGUUUUAAGUUGAGUUCAACUAAGAGUUCCAAAACAAGCACGGGGAAAAUGGGGCGUUUUGUCCCUCCAUACACUCUUAGAAAAAAGGGUUCCAAAAGGGUUCUGUGGCUGUCUCCAUAGGAUAACCCUUUUUUUGUUCCAGGUAGAACUAUUUUGGGUUCCAUGUAGGACCCUCUGUGGAAAGGUUUCUACAUGGAACCCAAAAGGGUUCUACCUGGGACCAAAAGGGUUCUACCUGGAACUAAGAGUGGUUCUCCUAUGGGGACUGCCGAAUAACCCUUUUUGGUUCUAGAUAGCACCUUUUUUUCUAAGAGUGUAGACCUUUUUGUAGAACAAUAAUGGUCACUUUUGUGUGUAUUUGUCUUGAAUAUGGCUGUCUCUUGUUUCCAGUUGUAUCAUUAUUAUGCUUUCCACAACACGCAACUCUGAGGUUAUUGAAUAAAACAGGCUCACAGAAUAUGAUGUCAACCUAUUUAAUUUACGACUUUAACAAAAGGCGCUUGUGCGGGGGUUUUAGGAUAGGGUUUGUGCUUUGGUGUUUGCUGUCUGUUCCCCCUUUCACAGACGUUUAAUAAUGUUUGCCGAAUGCCACGGUCAAUGGAGCUUCGGCGUUGCCACUGCUUACUGCUUUUUCUGAGGAUGUGGUGCAGACACGCUAUGCUAUUUACCCUGAAAACCAUCUCAUUAACAAAGCAAAACAGACCCCAUAUUUGCUCUCUGCUGGCAAACACAAUAUUCCCAUCACCCAAAUCUAAUACAGCUAACUCCAAACCAAAUAUCUUGUCAACUCCAAACCAAAUAUAAUGUUGCCAAGGUCAAUUGGCAGAGUUGAAAUAAAAAUAUAAACAAAUGUCUGGGACAAAUUGAUUGCCAUGAUAGAAAAUGGAAUACGACUCUUGCGUCUUUAAAUGGGAGAUGGAAUGGCCUGUAAAAUCAGCUUGUUUUAUGCCUUUACAACUCUGCUGGCACAUGUACUGAUUCAGCUGGGGGAAUUGGCUAACAAAGGCAUGAGAUGCUAUAGUUAGACUGCAUGCCGAGGCAUUACUCACAGCAUUGUAAAGUAGUCAGUCACGAACAGUCAUGAUUUGGUGUCCAAGGUGUCAUGUAAUAUUUGCAAUAGCAUUAAGAAACUUUGCUUGAUAAACCUCAAUUGAAACUACAUCUAUUUGUAAUUCCUCCUGUGCUUCUGCAUGCUUAUCAGUGAUCAGAUACCUCGGUGCUGGAGGGUAUGGAUUAAUCUUAGAUUAUUCUCAGUGUAGUGUUUUCAGAAAACAUACAGAGGCUAUUCAAAUUCCUCAAUUUUGUUAGCAUUGGCAGAUGCUAACAAACCCUGCUGUCUUCCUUUUGUGUUUUUGCUAUUGUGCUUUCUCUGAUUGGUGGGACUUCCAGCCAUGAAAUUGCCAUCUGGUGCCAUGAUAGCAAGUACUAACUGUGAGUCCUUAGAAGUACUUGUUUAAAUCGGCCUAGUUGUCUAGAUCCACAGCUCCGAAGCUAUUCCCUUCUUUUUGGUGGUUGUAGAGAUGUAGAGUAAUAGCUUUGUUUCCCAUCUUUUAGAGUAUAGGGAUCAUGUCUCCCCGUGUGUGUCCCUGAAUUACUUCUCUGUUGUAGACGAUGGUGGCAGGGUGUAGUAUAAUGGUGAUGGGUUGCAGCACUAUAAGGGCUGUUGUUGUCAGAACAGUCACUGUCACUAACCCCUUUUCCCCUAACCAAUCAAUCAAUCAAAUGUAUUUAUAAAGCCCUUUUUAUAUCAGCAGAUGUCACAAAGUUCUUAUACAGAAACCCCGCCUAAAACCCCAAAUAGCAAGCAAUGCAGAUGUGGAAGCAUGGUGGCUAGGAAAAACUCUCUAGAAAAGCAGGAACCUAGGAAGAAACCUAGAGAGGAACCAGGCUCAGAGGGGUGGCCAGUCCUCUUCUGGCUGUGCCCGGUGGAGAUUAUAAGAGUACAGUUUUUCGAGAUGUUCAAACGUUCAUAGAUGACCAGCAGGGUCAAAUAAUAAUCACAGUGCAACAGGUCAGCACCUCAGGAGUCAAUGUCAGUUGGCUUUUCAUAGCCGAGCAUUCAUAGGUCGAGAGAGCAGGUGCGAGAGGGAGAGGGAGGGAGAAGGUCGAAACAGCAGGUCCGGGAGAAGGUAGCACGUCCGUUGAACAGGUCAGAGUUCCAUAGUCGCAGGCAGAACAGCAGAAACUGGAUCAGCAGCACAACAAGGUGGACUGGGGAUAGGGACAGCCAGGAGUCAUCAGACCAGGUAGUCCUGAGGCAUGGUCCUAGAGCUCAGGUCCUCCGGUAGGGGAAAGAGAGAGAUGGGAGAAUUACAGGGAGCAUACUUAAGAUCACACAGGACACCAGAUAAGACAGGAGAAUUAUACCAGAUAGGACAAACUGACUCUAGCCCUCCCGCACAUAGACUAUUGCAGCAUAGAUACUGGGGGGGUCGGGGGACACUGGCCCCGUCCGACGAUACCCCCGGACAGAGCCAACCAGGCAGGAUAUAACCCCACCCACUUUGCCAAGACGUGAUGCACCCCUCCUAGGGACAGCAUGGGAGAGCACUAGCAAGCCAAUGACUUAGCCCCCGUAAUAGGUUCAGAGGCAGAGAAUCCCAGUGGAGAGAGGGGAGUUGGCCAGGCAGAGACAGCAAAGGUGGUUCGUCACUCCAAUGCCUUACCGUUAACCUUCGCAGUAAAGACCUAAAGAUUGCGUCUCUCAGAUGGAUUGGCAGACCAUUCCAUAAAAAUUGAGCUCUAUAGGAGAAGGCCCUUCCUCCAGCUUUUGCUUAGAAAUUCUAGGAACAAUAAGAAGGCCUGCGUCUUGUGACCGUAGCAUACGUGUAAGUAUAUACGGCAGGACCAAAUCAGAGAGAUAGGCAGUAGCAAGUCCAUGUAAUGCUUUGUAGGUUAGCAGUAAAACCUUGAAAUCAGGAAGUCAGAGGCUAGCACUGGAGUAAUAUGAUAUAAUUUUCUGCUUCUAGACAAGAUUCUAGCAGCCGUAUUUAGCGCUAGCUGAAGUUUAUUUAGUGCCUUAUCUGGGUAGCCAGAGAGUAGAGCAUUGCAGUAGUCUGAUCUUGAAGUGACAAAAGCAGGGAUUGUUCUUUCUGUAUCAUUUUUAGACAACGUUUCUGAUUUUUUGCAAUGUUACGAAGAUGGAAAAAAGUUGUUCUUGAAAUAUUUUUUAUAUGUUAAUCACAGAGAGAUCAGGGUCCAGAGUAAUGUCAAGGUCCUUCAGUUUUAUUUGAGUCUACUGUACAACCAUCGAGAUGAAUUGUCUGAUCAAACAGCAUAUUUCUUUGUUUCUUGGGACCUAGAACUAGCAUCUGUCACGUUCGUCUAGAACAGAUGAUGAGAACCAAGGCGCAGCGUUGCAGGCAAACAUACUCUUUAAUAGAGACACGAUCAAAACAACAAACGAUACGUGACAGUUCACGGUCAAACAUAAACAGACUUGAAACAAAAUCCCACAAACACGAAUGAAAACAGACUGUUUAAAUAUGGCCCCCAAUCAGAGACAACCAGCUGACAGCUGACACUCGUUGCCUCUGAUUGGGAGUCACUCAGGCCAACAUAGAAAUGAGCAAACUAGAACUCCCAACAUGAAAUAGAAUACCUAGAUCUACACACCCUGGCUCAACAUAACAGUGUCCCCAGAGCCAGGGCGUGACAGUACCCCCCCCUAAAGGCGCGGACUCCGACCGCGGCAACUAAAUACCACAGGGGAGGGACCGGGUGGGCACUCCGCCUAGGCGGCGGAUCCGGCUCCGGGCCUGAUCCCCGCUCCCUCUCCAACCCCCCAAAGUACCCCUGGUCCGGUCUGGCCCCGCUGGCCGGAGCUGGACUGCACACUGGUGGAGCGGAUUUCUCUAGCUCCGGCGUGAAGCAUCUGACCGGUGCCGGACCAGCCACCGGUGGAACAGGCACGGGCCGUGCCGGACUGACGACGCACACCACUGGCUUGGUGUGGAGAGCAGGAGCGGGCCGAGCCGGGCUGUCGAAGCGCACCCCUGACUUGGUGCGGGGAGCAGGAACGGGCCGAGCCGGGCUGACGAAGCGCACCACUGACUUGGUGCGGGGAGCAGGAACGGGCCGAGCCGGGCUGACGAAGCGCACCACUGACUUGGUGCGGGGAGCAGGAACGGGCCGAGCCGGGCUGUCGAAGCGCACCCCUGACUUGGUGCGGGGAGCAGGAACGGGCCGUGCCGGGCUGUCGAAGCGCACCACUGACUUGGUGCGAGUGGCAGGAACAGGCCGGACCGUACUGGGAACACACACCACUGGCCCUACGUGGGGAUCAGGAACAGGCCGGACCGGACUGGCAACACACGCCAGUACCUCUCGCAGUGCCUCUACAUCCUCCUUCCCCCUGGUGACCAGUGACUCCCGUAACCUGGCGGCCUCCUGCUGCCCCGUCGUCCACGGCGUUAGCCCCCCCCUAAAAAAUUUAUGGGCUUCACUCCUACCCGUGGCCAAGGCCUCCAUCCCUCUUGCCAGACUCGCACUCAUCUCCUCCCAAGUCCAUCCUCUCUCCUCGUCACGCUGCUUGAUCCAGUAGAGGUGGGAUUUUCUGUCACGUUCGUCUAGAACAGAUGAUGAGGACCAAGGCGCAGCGUUGCAGGCAAACAUACUCUUUAAUAGAGACACGAUCAAAACAACAAACGAUACGUGACAGUUCACGGUCAAACAUAAACAGACUUGAAACAAAAUCCCACAAACACGAAUGAAAACAGACUGUUUAAAUAUGGCCCCCAAUCAGAGACAACCAGCUGACAGCUGACACUCGUUGCCUCUGAUUGGGAGUCACUCAGGCCAACAUAGAAAUGAGCAAACUAGAACUCCCAACAUGAAAUAGAAUACCUAGAUCUACACACCCUGGCUCAACAUAACAGUGUCCCCAGAGCCAGGGCGUGACAGCAUCUCUGUUUUGUCCGUGUUUAAAAGCAAAACAUUUGCCCCAUGCACUUCCUUAUGUCUGAAACACAUGCUUCCAGGAUAGGCAAUUUUGGAGCGUCACCAUGUUUCAUCAAAAUCUACAACUAGCUGUGUGUCGUCUGCAUAGAAAUUGACAUUGUGUUUCCGGAUGACCAAGAGGUAGCAUAUAUAGUGAAAACAAUAGUGGUCCUAAAUAAAACAGAACCUUGAGGAUUACCGAAACAUAACAUUGAUUUCUCAGAAGACAAACCAUCCACAGAGACAAACUGAAAUCUUUCUGACAGAUAAGAUCUAAACCAGGCAAGAACUUGUCCGCGUAGACCAAUUAGGGUUUCCAAUCUCUCCAGCAAAAUGUGGUGAUUGAUGGUGUAAAAAGCGGCACUAAGGUCUAGGAGCACGAGGGCAGAUGCAGAGCCUUGGUCUGAUGCCAUUAAAAGGACAUUUACCACCGUCAAGAGUGCAGUCUCAGUACUAUGAUGGGGUCUAAAAACAGACUGGAGUUUUUUGUAUACAUUAUAUGUCUUCAGGAAGGCAGCUUAUUUUUUUAAUGAGAGGAAUGGGAAAUUUGAUAUAGGCCAAUUUGUUUUUUAAAUGUUCCGGGUCAAGGUUUGGCUUUUUCAGGAGAGGAUUUAUUAUUGCCACUUUUAGUGAGUUUGGAACACAUCCUAACCACUUUUCUAUCCCUUUUCUGUCUCUCCAGACUAUGGUGGUGGUGUGCAGCUCCAGGGCUGCUGCAGCCAGAGCAGUCUGAAUAGCAACAGCAGUCUGCCCGGCGCCGGCAGCCACACGAGGCUGUCAGAGCGCCGGGUGGCCAGUUGGGCCGCCUGCUUCGAGCGCCUGCUCCAGGACCCCAUCGGCGUCCGCUACUUCUCAGUACGUACAGUAAAGAACACAUUUUAGUUCACUGGGAGUUUUAGUUUAGUUAUGGGAUCUGAAAUUCAACGAAAUGAACAGUUCAUUAUCUCUCUCAUUCUCCAUUCGUUAGAUGAAAUCAAUACUUGUCUACCUCAGAUGUCCAAAUGUGUUCUGUGGAAUAGAAUUAGCAAUACACUUUACAACUAAUCAACAACUGGGGAAUUGAGUUUUAGUUUGCAUGUUACGAAAUGUUACAGUUAACUCUCGUUCUCCAUUCUGUUGGAUUAAAUCGAUACGAAGCUAACUAGACAUUAAAACAUGAUCUUCUGUGGAAUAGAAGCAAUAGUUAACUAUAUAGCCAAUCAACACUGGACCAGAACACUCUCCAGGCUUAUUGCAGGUGUGAUAAAGCUGUGGCUUGUGUCUCGGCAGGAAUUCCUCAAAAAGGAAUUCAGUGAGGAGAAUAUCUUGUUCUGGCAGGCCUGUGAAUACUUCAGUCAGGUACCUGCAACGGACAAAAAGCAGGUAAGCUUAUUCCCCUUACUCAAGACCAAACAAUACUUUCCUAUCUAGUCCAGUUCAGAAGUCCAUAUAGGUUUUAGAUGUCAUGGACUGGAUAGAAAAAGCCCUCCAUUGUGAGGGUUGAUCAUGGCUUAAAGUUAAAAACCAUUCCCCUUUAUACCAUUGGGUUAUGUCAUGGUUGUGUGUGUUUAUAAAACCUCUUCCUCUCCUCCCCAGCUAUCCCAGAGGGCGGGGGAGAUUUACAACAGCUUCCUGUCCAGUAAGGCCACCACGCCGGUCAACAUCGACAGUCAGGCCCAACUGGCCGACGAUGUACUCACCUCCCCAUGUCCAAACAUGUUCAAGGCUCAGCAGUUACAGGUGAGAGGACCAACUGCCUACUAAAUGUUAUGUUAUACCCUAACCGUAACCCCUAACACUAAACCUAAACCCAAGCCUAAAAUAACCUUUUUCCUUGAGGGGACCGGCGAAAUGUUCCCACUUGUCUGAAUUUUCCUUGUUUUAGGAAUUCUGGUCCCCACAAGGAUAGUAAAACCAAAAACACACACACACACACACACACACACAGCUAGGAGCAGCACAGUGUCAACUGCAGUGCAGCGCUGCUGGAACAUUGUUAUGAUUCAGUGCUAUGUGUGAAUGUUCUUUUACUGUUAUGCCAUCAUUUAUUUUUCCAGUACACAAGUUUUAAGGCCCAGUGUCCUUUUUUCAACCAUCUGCCUGUUUCCAAAAGGGCUGUUGUGCGUUAGGGCCAAACACAAACUAGCAUAUACCCCCCCCCCCCACACACACACACACACACACUCUCAGGCCUGUACAUUGUUGUUGUAGGUCUGUACAAUGUUGAUACAAAUGUGACCGAAUCAUAGCUGUUACAACACCUGUCAUAACCGUUUGUGACCCUUCAUAAGACCAGACCCUUUUCUCUCCCCAUUUUUUUCUGAAGAUCUUCAACCUGAUGAAGUUCGACAGCUACUCCAGGUUCCUGAAGUCUGGCCUGUACCAGGAGUGCAUGCUGGCCGAAGUGGAGGGACGACCAUUACCCGACCCUUACCAGAUCCCCUGUAGCCCCGCUCCAUCCAAGCACAGUGCCAGCUCCGGCCACUCCACGCCGAAUAAGGUACCCACCACUUAACAGCCAAAAGGGUAUCUGCUAUUGUCUUAGUAACCACCUUAGCUGUUUGUGUAACUCGCCUGUGGGAUGCACAUUUUGUGUUGUAGCCAGUACAGGUGUUUGUUAAUCUUCAAAACAUCAGGGUCGUAUUCACAAGGUACCAAACGGAAGAAAACUGAGCAAAAUUGGGAGGGACUACCUGAACUCGUCCAAUAGGAAACUCUAGUUUUCCAUUAGAAAACAUUUUUCGCUGCUAAAUAAUUUCCAUAGCCAAACGGUUUUCUACGGUAUGCACUAAUGUAUCGACCCAGGUGUUAGACAGGUUGUUUGAACUGGGUGUUUUGUGGUCCAAUAGGAGGCCAAGAAUCAGAAGUCAGGGAGGUCACUGAACGAGGACCCCGGAGAAGAGCACGAUGAGCAUAAGAAACGGGGCAUCUUCUUCUCUUGGUCCCGGAACCGGAGCUUCGGGAAGGGACCCAAGAAAAAGGACAUCGGAGAAAUCAACCUCGGUGAGCAACUCUCAGUCAUAGAAUGAGUCACAAGGAGUUAAUCCCCCCCGUGAGGGAACUUCUUGUGUAUGGUUUCAAUAUAGACUUUCUGUCAUGCAUUAUGGUGGUAGAUCUUUGGUCAGGCAAUACACUGCACUGCAUCGUGUGCUUUACAUUUGUUACGAUGAAAGAUGAACUUCUAAAGCUGCUUUCAAAUGUUGUUUUGAGCUUCAUCUGAUUUAUGUCAAUGGCGAUGUUAUGCAAUUGUUUUCCUUUCAUGCAAGGAUAUUAAGUGUGUUUUAUGUGUAGUUGAGGUGUGAUGAUGCAUGGAUUGUUGGUGUAUUUUCUAUGUAGUUGUGAUGUGAGUCGUAUCUUAACUGUGGCGAUGUUAUGCAAUUAUUUUCAGUUGAUGCAUGGAUAGCAGCUUGAGGUUUAUGUGUAGUUGUGGUGUGAUGAUGCAUGGAUAUUAAUUGUGUUUUCUGUGUAUAUGUGAAAUGAGUUGUAUCCUAACUGUGGCCUCCCUGUCCUUCCUCUGUUGAGGAGACUCCUGGGGCAGCAACGGUCGGAGGGAAUCACAGGGCUCCUUGUCCUCGGGUGCUAGUCUGGAGCUUGCCACUUCCUGUUCAGCGGGCAAGACCGAGGUAAGAUCCUGCUGCACGGCCAGGCUAGGUCACCAUGGCAACACUGAACCAAGAUAGCUCUGUAGUAGAAGCAUCAGUUAUACAGAUCAUGACUCUGUUAGUUUUAUGGCAUUUUUGCAGAAAUUCCGCCUGACAAGGGAUUUGGGUAUACCGUUGUAUGGAUGGUUACAGGUGUUAUACUAUAUAAUACAUGAGUUGAAGGGGGUUCAUUUCAAGGUUCAGAUGUUCAAUUUAGAUUUUAUUAUCCCAUAGGGAAAUUUGGUUUGCAGGCAGAACGAACAUCAAACACUACAUACAAAACAUAGAGACACUGUUGUGGUUGCAGUUUUAGCUCUUGGUCUUUUCUCUUGCUUCCAUUGAGUUCUAUCAUCUCUGACUAUGGUUUGACAUGGUAUUCCCGUGCAGGGGGACAAUCGUCACUCGGUGCCGGUAUGGGAGAGGGUAAGGGAGUGCUCCUCCAAGGUCUGCAGCAUGACCCUGCCGGACGGCUCGUGCUCCUCUGUGACCCUGCGGCCGGGGGCCACCAUCAGGGAGGUUCUCCGGGACCUCUGUCAGAGCCUCCGCAUCAACAUGGCUGCCGUAGACCUCUUCCUGGUGGGAGGAGAGAAGGUGAGGGAAACUCACGAUGGUUCCUAGCACAGUAACUGUUUCCCUUACUGUGCAUCUCAAUGUGGAUUUAGAGUGAAAUAAUGCAUGUAAUGCAGAUUCAUUGAUGUAUUAAGUGGUUAGUUCCCGCUGGGGCCACCCAUCCGUUAAAAUGAAUGCACACAUGUAUGAAAGUCACUUUGGAUAAAAGCGUCUGCUUAAUGGCAUAUAUUAUUGUUUUAGUAAGGCAUCACUUCUGGCUUUGUGAGUAGGUUUUCAUGUUUUUUAUUAUUUUUAGCCUUUGGUGCUGGACCAAGACUGCAUGACCCUCAGCGCACGGGACCUCAGAAUGGAAAAGCGCACCCUAUUCAGGUAAAAGAUACAUCUGUACCUCCCUAUAUCUUUAUGUCUCUAUAUCUCUCUCUAUUUCUUCCUCCCAGUAGAAUCUGAAAAAAAUCAUACAAUCGUGUUACAGAAAGUAUCUGCAUAUUUAUUUUCCCUCUAUUUUUAGGUUGGACCUGGUACCCAUUAAUCGCUCCGUGGGCUUGAAGGCCAAACCCACCAAACCCGUCACCGAAGUCCUCCGUCCCGUCGUGGCGAAAUACGGCCUACACCUCAAAGAUCUGGUGGCCAAAAUAGUACGUUGGUGACUGGCUGGGUCGCCUCAAUGUUUUCUGUUUGCAGCUGUGUGUCCAACCAAACCCAGCUCUUCUGUAGAGCAUGUAAAAGAUGACAAUGUCACUGGGUGGAGUCUCAUUGGCUUGGAAGGGGGAAGGAACCGCAUCCUCUUCAAAUGUUACUGGGUAGUUGGCUCAUUCUGACUCAAACGGCCUCUGAAGAUGCAAAGAGAAAGGGCUAUAAUUAUGAAUGACGACACUCCUAAAACAUGCAGUUAGUUGGUUUAUUUCGGUCCUGUGGUGGUUUUCCAAGCAUUACCAUAGUAUUACACAGUAAGCUGAAAGCCACAUUCUAAAUGGAGCGAAGGCUUCCAUAUCUUACAUGGUUAAUGAUAGUACACAGAAGUUGUGACGAUACGCUAAAGUAGCAACUUGUCUAUCUGGCAUGUCAAUAUGGCAUCAUGGUCAUGCGAAGAAAUCGAUGGGAAACAUGCUAAUAGGCUAAAAUGCUUGCAAACGAACAUGCUAAAACACAGGAGCGUCAUGCACCCCAAAAAUCUGAGGGGGCACAAAGUACGUCAGGAUGGCUGCAUAUCUAAUUAUACCUCUUGAGCUGUCUCUAUCAUCCUGACUGGUGGUUCUUCUGGGUAAAAAAUAUGAGUCUUAUUCAGUACAUUUAGUUAUUGCUUGCUUUUCUAAAGUCUACCAACCUUGCCAGCUAAGAUAGUUAGACAAGCUAGCUACUCUAACUUGAUUGAUAGCCUGAAAUGGCUUCUUGGUAGCUAGUUAUGAGGUUGGGACAUUGUCAACCUAUCUGGGCUAGCUAAAGCCAACUCCAUAAAAUUGCUAAGUGGCUAGUAGUAUUAUAGAGAAAAAACAAUAAGAACAAAAAUAUACACUACAUGACCAAACGUAUGUGGACACCUGCUCGUCGAACAUCUCAUUCCAAAAUCAUGGGCAUUAAUAUGGAGUUGGUCCACCCUUUGCUGUUAUAACAGCCUUCACUCUUCUGGGAAGGCUUUCCACUAGAUGUUGGAACAUUGCUGCGGGGACUUGCUUCUAUUCAGCCACAAGAGCAUAGUGAGGUUGGUCACUGAUGUUGGGCGAUUAGGCCAAGCUCGCAGUGGGCGUUCCAAUUCAUCCCAAAGGUGUUUGAUGGGGUUGAGGUCAGGGCUCUGUGCAGGCCAGUCAAGUUCUUCCACACCGAUCUCGACACACCAUUUAUUAUUAUGUAUGGACCUCGCUUUAUGCACAGGGGCAUUGUCAUGCUGAAACAGGAAAGGGCCUUCCACAAACUGUUGCCACAAAAUUGGAAGCACAGAAUCGUCUAGAUUGUAUGCUGUAGUGGUAAGAUUUUCCUUCUCUGGAACUAAGGAGCCUAGCCCGAACCAUGAAAAACAGCCCCAUACCAUUAUUCUUCCUCCACCAAACUUUACAGAUUGGCACUAUACUAUAGGUAGCGUUCUCCUGGCAUCCGCCAAACCCAGAUUUGUCCAUCGGACUGCCAGAUUGUGAAGCAUGAUACAUCACUCCAGAGAACGCGUUUCCACUGCUCCAGAGUCCAAUGGCGGCAAGCUUUACACCACUCCAGCCAACGCUUGGUACUGCGCAUGGUGAUCUUAGGCUUGUGUGUGGCUGGUCGGCCAUGGAAACACAUUUCAUGACGCUACCGACGAACAGUUAUUGUGCUGACGUUGCUUCCAGAGGCAGUUUGGAACUCGGUAGUGAGUGUUGCAACCGAGGACAGACGAUUUUUACAUGCUACGCGCUUCAGCACUCGGCAGUCCCGUUCUGUGAGCUUGUGUGGCCUACCACUUCGUGACUGAGCCGUUGUUGCUCCUAGACGUUUCCACUUCACAAUAACAGCAAUUACAGUUGACCAGGGCAUACCUAGCAGGGCAGAAAUUUGACAAACUGACUUGUUGGAAAGGUGGCGUCCUAUGACGGUGCCAAGUUGAAAGUCACUGAGCUCUUCAGUAAGGCCAUUCUACUGCCAAUGUUUGUCUAUGGAGAUUGCAUGGCUGUGUGCUCAAUUGUAUACACCUGUCAGCAAUGGGUGUGGCUGAAAUAGCCAAAUCUACUAAUUUGAAUGGGUGUCCACAUACUUUUGUUUAUAUAAUGUAUAUAACAGGACAAAUCUGAGGGGGCAUGAUGACUCUGCUAAAACGCUGUGUUGUGUUUUGACAGAGUGGAGAAACGGAGCCCCUAGACCUGGGGGCGCCCAUAUCCAGCCUGGACGGCCUGCGUGUGGUAUUGGAGAGAGCAGACCCCAUUGCCUCAGGGAAAGGUAAGACUGCCCAUCACACCGAACACCAAAAUUUGCACUAAGACAGAGAUGAGAGACAGAUAAUGAAGAAAGCCACCAUUCCAACUUCUACAGUGACCUAACCAGAUCUGUUUGUCUUGCCAAGUCCUAUGGUCAUUGAUUUGGCAUGAUGAACACUCAAACCCCCCAAACAGCCACCAAGAUAGUGGCUGGAGAAAUCCAAUCCAAUUCCUCCAAUGUUGGCCUUGCACUUCAGCCCAUCUGUUUCCAGGAAUUCAAACAGCUCUCGUAAUCAAUGUCCUGUUUUGUCGUCCCCACUGACUUCCAGUGAUAAACAAAGAUAUCAGAGUUAGGAGGACAUGUGGGAUGAUUCAUUGGCUCCUAUUUACCUCACUGUUGUUUCUUUCUCUCCAUAGACUCUAAGUCCAAGUCAGGCUCCUUGAAAGCACACCCGCCAUCAUUGACCACCAAGAGUCUUUCUGCAACAGUAAGGAAACCACCAUCUUCCUCCUCCUUUUAUCCCUGUUUUCACUUUCUCAAGUCUCCUUGAAGUAACUAAAUGUGCUGUAACUCCCCUGCUAUGCUGCUUCUUAACAAUUGAAUGUCACAUAAUAAUUGCUCAAGUGCUCUACUCUACUUUGUUCCUGGCUGGUGUCGUGUUGUUUCUUGCUUAAAUGCUGGCUGUAGCUGACUGGCUGACCUCCCACUUUGUAGUUCAGCCUCCAGGUCAUCUUUGUAGUUGCGAUCCGACCUUGUCUCCUAGGGAUAUUACAUUCAUCUGAUUUACUAAGAAUAAAAGAAGCGUACAAAUAAACAACAAGCAUCAAAGAAACGACAAGCUCGUGUUUUAUGGUUGUUUUUUGUGUUUCCUAUAGUUCUAAAAAUAACAGGGGCACAGGUGCGAACACUUAAGUAAGUCUGCCCAGGAUGUGUUGUAGUGGUGUUGGUACAGGGCAUGCACACCCUAUUCCCUCACCCCCUUAACGGAGUGCGUUGUUAUUGUUGCGUCUGCAGGGAGAUGACAGGUCGUCUGGAAAGGCAAGCGGACCAGAUCCGUCGCUCCCUGUGGAAAAGAGAAAGCCGAAAAAGAUUAAUAUAGAUGAAGCUGAAGGUAAAUCCCCCUCUAUUUCCAACGUGCUGUUGCUUCUCUGAGCUUUGCUUCGCCGCAUCACUAACACCAACUGUAAAAGAAGCCUUCAACCUUCAUGGUUAUCUGUCAGUGCAGCGUGGGACUGUGCACGUUAAAUUAACUAAUCCCCUUUUUAUUUGACCUAUUUUCUUGUUCUUUGGGAGGGUGUUAGAUAGGGUUGCAAAAUGAUGGUACCUUUCUUUUCUGGGAAACUUUUUUGGGGAAAGUUACCGGAAUUUUGCAACCCUAGUUUUAGGAAUAUGAAGUAACUCUACUGCUUUCUCUCUCUUUAGAAUUCUUCGAGCUCCUGAGCCGGGCGCAGAGCAGCCGGAGAAAUGACCAGAGAGGCCUCCUGAACAAAGAGGACCUGGAGUUACCUGACUUCCUGCGGUUAAUCCCCGGCUCCCCCUCCACUCUCUCCCUAGACGUGGCCUGCUCCACCCCCACCUCCAUCAAACAAGGCCAGGGGGCGGGCAGGGAGAACGGGGUUGGCGGUGCCCCUGCCCGCGGCCCCCUCAACGCCAGCCUGCGCUCUGAGAGCCUGGACUCCUCCCCCAGCAACACCAACGGACACUCCCACUCCGCUGCGGCGCGCCGAGCGCUACUGCCCCCGCCCCGCCGCCCCGUCCCCCCCUUCAGCGCCGCCAUCUCACCCAUCCCUCGCCCCUCGGAGUCUAGAGGCCCGGGCCUUAGGGCGCUGGAGGAAGACACCCACGCUGACCUGACCCUGGUGGGCGAGGGAGACAUCACCAGCCCCAACCACACCCUGUUGGCCCCCGCCCCUGCGCUGCUGUCCCACGAGGGCAGCCUGCCUGAGGUCAACUUCACCCCUCCUUUGCCCUGCGCCCACUCCUUCCAUGAUGGUGGUGGGAAUGGCCAGUCCAGCUCAGGUAUUUCCACAGUG